AUGCAGACUUGGUCUUGGAGAGGGCUCGUGGCGGGACAAGCGAUGGAUCUAAGCAGUAAAGGGUUGGGGAAAAACGACGUCGGAUUAGAGGAGCUUGAGUUUAUUCACGUUCAUAAAACCGGUUCGUUGCUGAAAGCAUCGGCGGUUAUCGGAGCGGUUAUUGGAGGUGGAUCGGAGGAAGCGAUAGAGAAAGUGAGAAAAUUUGCGAGGUGUAUUGCAUUGUUGUUUCAGGUGGUUGAUGAUAUUUUGGAUGAGACCAAGUCGUCGGAGGAAUUGGGUAAAACCGCCGGGAAAGAUCAGAUCGCCGGAAAGCUGACGUAUCCGAAAGUGUUGGGUCUUGAGACAUCGAAAGAGUUUGUUGUGAGAUUGAAGAACGAUGCGAAAGAACAUCUUUAA